UGCGCCCAAUCAGAACACGCGCUGAGAUCUUGUCCCUUUCUCCAUUCGGGUUUCGGUGGGAGUGGGCUACUAGAUUGAGAUAACGACCUUCCCCAACUUCCGCAGCCUCUCAAAUUGAAAAAAGAGAAAGAAGAAGAAAUUAGAAAAAGAAAAAUAUCGGAGGCCUGAACUUGCUGCUGUUGUUAUUUUAGAGGAGGUUAAGAUAAUUAAAUAGAAGUAGUUAAUAAUUAUAAAGUAUGUUUGGAUAUUAAAGUUGUAAAGCUUUGCUGCCGCUGCAAAAUAGAAUAAGAAGAAGGAUAUGGAAGCAGCAGCAGCAUCUUGGUGCUUUUCGUUCAACUUCAAUUCUAGUCUGAGCUUGUACCGUCAUAACAUUAAUAUAAAUUUAAAUGCUCGCAAGCCUUCUUCCUUGAAAUCGUCCAUCUGCCUGUUUAGCCCAACUCCUCCUCCAUUAAGACUCAGAUUGAGAUUGCAGCAGCCACAGUCCCAGCCGCAGCCCCUCGUUUGGAACAGCAGCAGCUCUAGCUCCACCGCUACUAGGAGUAUCAACAAGAAUACCCUAAAUACAAAUACAAGAAGAAGAAGAAGAAGAAGCCGUAGAAAAUUCAAUAAUCCAAACGACAACAACAACGGCACCGUCGACUCCUCCUCCUCUGUUACUAGCACUAUCUCUACCUCUACUUCUACUGAUGAUGAUGAUGAUAAGAAUAAGAAUUAUAAUAAUAAUAAUAAUCAUAAUAAUGGAGACCCGCUGGGUCGCAGAUAUCUCGGGAAGAGCGUAGUGAGGUGGAUUUCGCAGGGUAUGAGAGCCAUGGCCUUCGACUUUACUUCUGCCGAGUUGUCUGAAGAUCUGAGGCAGCGCAUGGCCCCUGGCCUGAGCUUCGUAAUCCACGCCCAGCCUUACCUCAAUGCUGUCCCCAUGCCCCUUGGCCUGGAAACCAUGUGCCUCAAGGCUUCCACUCACUACCCGACUCUCUUCGACCACUUCCAGAGGGAGCUCCGACACCUUCUCCUCCAGCUCCACCCCAACAAUUGGCGCCAAACCGACUCCUGGAGGCUGCUCAAGGAGCUGGCCAAUUCGGCUCAGCAUAGAGCAAUUGCCCGCCAGGCCAAGCCCAAGAGCACUCAUGUCCAUGUGUUAGGAAUGAGUGCGGACAAGGCCCAAAGCAUUCAGUCGAGGAUUGACGAUUUCACCAACCGCAUGUCCGAGCUGCUUCGCAUCGAGAGGGAUUCCGAAUUGGAGUUCACACAGGAGGAGUUGGACGCUGUUCCUAAGCUGCUGGACCACUCCUCCUCCUCCAGACCCGUUGAGUUCUUGGUCAGUCAUGGCCAGGCUCAGCAAGAACUCUGUGACACCAUCUGCAAUCUCAAUGCUGUCAGCACAUCUACUGGAUUAGGUGGAAUGCAUAUGGUAUUAUUCAGGGUCGAGGGAAAUCACCGCUUACCUCCAACCAGUCUGUCUCCUGGAGACAUGGUGUGUGUGAGAAGGUGUGACAGCAGGGGUGCAGGUGCAACUUCUUCUUGUAUGCAGGGUUUCAUUAAUAGCCUUGGGGAUGACGGUUGUAGCAUCACUGUUGCUUUAGAAUCUCGUCAUGGUGAUCCAACCUUCUCCAAACUCUUUGGCAAGAGCGUUCGCAUUGAUCGUAUUCAUGGAUUAGCCGAUGCACUUACAUAUGAGCGCAAUUGCGAAGCGCUGAUGCUGCUUCAGAAAAAUGGUUUGCAGAAGAAAAAUCCUUCAAUUGCUGUUGUAACUACACUAUUUGGAGACAAGGAAGAUAUUGCAUGGCUAGAGGAGAAUAAUAUUGUAGAUUGGGGUGAAGAAGAAUUGAAUGGACUGUUGAGGAAUGAAUUCGAUGGGUCUCAGCAAAGAGCGAUUGCUUUGGGUUUGAACAAGAAGCGGCCCAUAUUGAUAAUUCAAGGGCCUCCUGGUACUGGAAAGACAGGUUUGCUCACAGAGUUAGUAGCACUUGCUGUUCAAAGAGGUGAAAGAGUGCUUGUAACAGCACCCACAAAUGCAGCUGUUGACAACAUGGUUGAUAAGCUUUCAUAUAUUGGAUUAGAUGUUGUGCGGGUUGGCAAUCCAGCACGUAUAUCUACAACUGUAGCAUCAAAGUCGCUGGGAGAAAUUGUGAAUUCCAAGCUUGCCAGUUUUCGAACAGAGUUUGAAAGGAAGAAGUCAGAUCUGAGAAAAGACCUGAGGUAUUGUUUGAAGGAUGAUUCAUUAGCUGCUGGCAUACGCCAGCUUUUAAAACAGCUAGGGAAGACACUGAAGAAGAAGGAGAAGGAGACUGUGAGGGAAGUGCUAUCUAAUGCUCAAGUUGUUCUUGCAACCAACACUGGAGCAGCUGAUCCUUUGAUAAGAAAACUGGAUGUUUUUGACCUUGUUAUCAUAGACGAAGCAGGGCAAGCAAUUGAGCCUUCUUGCUGGAUACCAAUAUUUCAGGGAAAGCGCUGUAUUCUUGCUGGUGACCAAUUCCAGCUUGCUCCAGUUAUUCUAUCUAGAAAUGCUUUAGUAGGUGGUCUAGGAGUAUCUCUAUUGGAAAGAGCUGCUACUUUACACGGAGGUCUUCUAGCCACCAAGUUAACGACACAAUAUCGUAUGAACAAUGCAAUAGCCAGUUGGGCCUCAAGGGAGAUGUAUGGUGGAUCACUGGAGUCCUCUGCAGCUGUGUCUUCUCAUCUUUUGGUAGAUUCUCCAUUUGUCAAGCCUACAUGGAUAACACAAUGCCCACUUCUGCUACUUGACACAAGAAUGCCCUAUGGAAGUUUGUCAGUUGGCUGUGAGGAACAUCUAGAUCUAGCUGGCACAGGGUCUUUUUACAAUGAAGGGGAAGUGGAUAUUGUUGUGCAGCAUGUCAUUUCUUUGAUUUAUGCUGCAGGUGUUAGUGCAACGGCCAUUGCAGUGCAAUCCCCUUAUGUUGCUCAAGUGAAACUCUUGAGGGACCGACUAGAUGAACUUCCAGAGGCUGCAGGCAUUGAGGUUGCCACAAUAGAUAGCUUUCAAGGCCGAGAGGCUGAUGCAGUAAUCAUAUCAAUGGUGCGAUCAAACACUUUAGGAGCUGUUGGAUUCUUGGGAGACAGCAGGCGGAUGAAUGUUGCCAUAACAAGGGCACGCAAACAUGUAGCUGUUGUUUGUGAUAGCUCAACAAUAUGCCAUAACACCUUCCUGGCAAGGCUCUUACGCCAUAUCCGCUAUUUUGGUACGGUUAAGCAUGCAGAGCCUGGCACUUUUGGAGGAUCUGGACUUGGUAUGAAUCCAAUGUUGCCGUCCAUUAGCUAAAUUGCAUCCAUGGGCCCCUUAACACAUUUUCACAUUUUUUUUCAAGUGGAACAUUUCCUGGAGGACCACGGAAGUACAGAUGCUUCUUGUGCGGUUGUUUUAUUCUCUGGCAGAGUAACAAGUAUAGUAAUUAUGUAAGCAUCAAAUUUUUUUCCCCUUUUUUCCUUUGUAUAUAUACAGAACAAAUUAUUGAUUCCUAACUUGUAUAUAUUUUCAAAACCAUUGUAUACUAAGGAAGAAGUUUACAGUUUUCCGUAA